AUGAACUCUGCGUUUAUUCAACCCUCGGCACACUUAUCGAGAACAACAAGUUCGGGUCAGCUAAACUUGCUGACUUCUCAAAGUCAGACGUUGGGUACGAACUCUGGCUCACAGAGUGCGUGCCCAGCAUCACCGAACUUGGGCACGGGGCCCAGCUAUGCGCAGUGGACCCCUGGUUUGGUGACGCCGCCUCUGCAAGGACCCCCUAACCGAAUUCACGCUGCAUAUUAUCACGUGUACCAUCAUAGCAACCACUUGGCGAACAACAUUGUCGCCCGAUUGGGAACCCCGACGGCCACUGCGCUCAAUUACUGGCAGCAACCGAGUUGUCCGUUUCUGAGCGGUCAGGAGCGACCGGCAGUACAGAGUGAUCUCAGCUUUCUCAGCGGCAGCAACUGCGAGGAUGAGAACGGAGCGGGGUAUCGAUUGUUUGAGUCUGUUCUGGACCAGUUGGAAAACACGACUCAGCAAGCGCGAAACGCCUCAACGUUCUGGCUAACUAGUACCGACGCUGAGCAUCCAGAUCGAAUGGACACUUUCGGAGCCGAAGAGCUCGAAGAACUGGAACAGCAACUUUAUCAAGUACCACUAGCAGAGAGUGAGUACGGAGGGCUAGCUGCCCCAAGCGAUAAUUUCCUCAGUGCGAAUCGUCGCGAGCUUUCACACCAAGAAAGGAGCGCCAGCGCGCCAGAGACGAUCCAGUGCUCCUCGGACAUAUACAGUUCAGAUGAAGAAGCAACGAGCAGCGAGCAUGACAGCGACAUCUGCUAUGCACAGUUUAUGCCAGCUGGAGGCGCGACUGCAGCGCAAACGCUGAGCCCGCUCUCCGGGAGUAGUGCGGUCGGGACACUUGCCCAACAAGCUCUGCGUGAACACUCCACCGAUAACCACCUGGGCGAGAGACAUCUUUUCAUAAGAGACAGUGAUGUCGCUUUCUACAUUGCUCUCACUUCACCGAAUAUUUCGAAGGCGAGAUACACGGAUAUAAUUGCUAACAUGAAACGUCGAGGGGUUAUCGACACGGGGAACACUGACUGGGAGAAAAAGCUAGUUCAAGUGCGUGCCUCCCGGCCAGUUCCAAAGCACCUGGCACGCGCAAUGAGCGGGGAAAACGCCAUCGCAUGCGCAGAGCGUGCUGUUUUGGUGGCGAGCGCGCGAGAGAAGGAUAUUGAAGGGAAAUCUGUUGUAACCGAGUGUGAGAAACUGAGCGCAUGCAUGACCGUUCCAACGGAGUGGAUCGUGCCAGUGGACGCGUCUCGACGAAGAAAAAGUAUAUCGCUUGAUCAGCUGCUGCCGAGUUUGAACCGAAAGGUCCAUCAGUCUAAUAACGUGUUGCUCUUCGUGCUACUGAAGAAGCAAGAUGCCUAA